GCUGUCGGUCGAGCCUCUCUCUCUCUCUCGCUGUCUAUUGUGCUCUCUCUCUCUCACUCUCUCUCCCCUUGCUCUCUCGCUAUUGUGAGCUCUCUCUCUCUUACUCACUCUCCCCUCUUUCUCUCUCUCUCUCUCACUCACUCUCCCCUUGCUCUCUCUCUCUCACUCACUCUCCCCUCGCUCUCUCAGUCCUAGAGAGUGCAGAGCUGGAAAAGCAGGCUGGACCCACGCCUCUGAGGAGAUUCUUGUUUGGAAUUUUGCUGUCCGUAAAUUAAUCCCGACCCGUGUUUGAAAUGGCCGCCGUAAGGAGCUGAAGGCAGGGGAGGGAAGCCCAUGCCGUAUGGAGGUCAGGAGGGAGUCUUUUUUUCUUUUCUCGCGCCUUCUCCCAAACUGUGGAAAAACAAACGUACGAGGGACCGUGCUGGUCUGAACAUGCUGGCCUGCGCUCUGCGGAGCUACGAUGAACACUGGAGGGGAGCUCCAGUUUGAGCGGCUGACCAGGGAGUUGGAGGUGGAGCGGCAGAUUGUGGCCAGUCAGCUGGAACGAUGUCGACUGGGGGGCGAAUCGCCUGGAGCCGGCAGCGCCAGCUCCUCUGAGAAGUCCUACAACUGGAGAUCUGCAGAUGCCUCGACUGCGGGCGAAACCAAGUCGCGGGUGACGGACAGCUCACAGUCCCCGCCCUACCAGGAGCAGGCGGCACUGUACUCCCCAGAGCAGACCUCUCUCCAUGAAAGUGAGGGGUCCACGGGGAACUCGCGCAGCUCCACGCAGAUGAACUCGUACUCGGACAGCGGCUACCAGGACGCAGGCGGCUACUACUGCAGCCAGAACCUGGGCAAGGCUGAUCUGAGGCUGCAGCACUCCUACCCCGGGAACGGAGCCGUCCUGGGGAGGAACGCCCGGGCCGAGGGCCAGGCCUCUGUGCAGGCUCCCUCGAGUGGCGUCGGGGCCUCGGGCCGGGCCAUGAGGCGGGCGAACUCGGCUCAGUCGCGCACUCAGUCCCCGGCAUACGGCUCGAGCGCCUCUCCCUCGCGUGGCUCCCUCCGCACCUCACUGGGCAGCGCGUACGGCUCACCCGUCGUCACGGAGCCCAAGCCUCUCUCCAGCGUCUUCCCCAACUCCACCAUGCCUCCCUCUCCACACACGGGGUCUCCCUACUCCACCCCCCAGGGGCUGUGCCGGGUGGGCUCCUCCAGCUCCCGCUCCGGCCGGGCGGGGUCGCCCCUGACGCCGGCCGAAGGGCCCCUGGGGCCCCUGGGACCCUCACCCACGCGCACUGGCAUGACGGCCGUCCCCCAGCACUACGGCGCCUCCCUGCCCCGGCCCCUGCGGCACGAGGCCGACCCCUACGGCCCGAUGCCCUAUGACGUCUACGAGAGGAUGAUCCCGCCCCGCCCAGACAGCCUGGCAGGCCUGCGGAGCUCGUACGCCAGUCAGCACAGCCAGCUGGGCCUGAGGUCGGCCAUGUCCCCCGACCGCCACAUCACGCCCAUCUACGAGGACGGGACCUUCCACGGAACCCUGUACCACAGCCCCACGCACGGGGGAGUGGACCUGAAUCACAGCGCACAGAGCGCCCUCUACAGGACCGCUUCAGGUGUGCAACGGACGCCCAGUCAGCGCAGUGCCCUGACGUACCAAAGAAGCCAAAACUACGCCCUGAACAAUGGCGCCACGUACGCAGACCCCUACCGCACCACCCUCUACCGCCCCGUCGAGCCCGGCUACGCCCGACAGGUGGUCGCCGUGGACGACGGAGCCACCCGCUCGCCCUCCAUAGACAGCAUCCAGAAGGACCCCAGGGAGUUUGCGUGGCGAGACCCAGAGCUUCCUGAGGUGAUCCACAUGCUGCAGCAUCAGUUCCCCUCUGUGCAGGCUAACGCCGCGGCCUACCUGCAGCACCUGUGCUUCGGCGAUAACCGCAUAAAGGCCGAGGUGUGUCUGCUGGGGGGGAUCAAGCACCUGGUGGACCUGCUGGACCACAAGGCCGUGGAGGUACAGCGGAACUCGUGCGGGGCUCUGCGCAACCUGGUGUACGGGAAAGCCACGGACGACAACAAGGUGGCGGUGCGGAACGCCGGGGGCGUCCCCGCCCUGCUGCGGCUGCUGAGGAAGACCGCCGACGCCGAAGUCAGAGAGCUGGUCACCGGCGUGCUGUGGAACCUCUCCUCCUGCGACGCGGUAAAGAUGACGAUCGUGCGGGACGCCCUGAGCACUCUGACCAACACUGUGAUCAUCCCACACUCGGGCUGGAGCAGCUCGUCCUUCGACGACGACCACAAGCUCAAGUUCCACUCCUCGCUCGUCCUGCGCAACACCAGCGGCUGCCUGAGGAACCUGAGCUCGGCGGGGGAAGAGGCCAGAAAGCAGAUGCGCAGCUGUGAGGGGCUGGUGGACUCACUGCUCUACGUCAUCAAGGCCUGUGUGAGCGCCUCUGACUUCGACAGCAAGAUUGUGGAGAACUGUAUUUGCACUCUGAGGAACCUCUCGUACCGGCUGGAGCUGGAGAUGCCUCAGGCCCGGCUCCUGGGCACACAGGGGCUGGACAGCCUCCUCCUGGGCACUGAGUCUCCCAGCAAAGAGGCCGACUCCAGCUGCUGGGGCAAGAAGAAGAAGAAGAAGAAGACCACGCAGGACGAGCAGUGGGACGGAGUGGGGCCCAUCCCGGGGUUCUCCAAGUCUCCGAAGGGGGCGGAGAUGCUGUGGCACCCGGCCGUGGUGAAGCCGUACCUGACCCUGCUGGCGGAGAGCUCCAACCCCGCCACCCUGGAGGGCUCGGCCGGCUCCCUGCAGAACCUGUCCGCCGGGAACUGGAAGUUUGCGGCGUACAUCCGCGCGGCGGUGCGUAAGGAGAAGGGCCUGCCCAUCCUGGUGGAGCUGCUGCGCAUGGACAACGACCGCGUGGUCUGCUCCGUCGCCACCGCGCUGAGGAACAUGGCCCUGGACAUCCGGAACAAGGAGCUCAUCGGAAAGUACGCCAUGCGGGACCUGGUGAACAGACUCCCCGGGGGGAGCACCACCCUGCUCUCAGACGAGACGGUGGCAGCCAUUUGCUGCACCCUCCACGAGGUCACCAGUAAGAACAUGGAGAACGCCAAAGCGCUGGCCGACACGGGCGGCAUCGAGAAGCUGGUCAACAUCACCAAAGGGCGAGGAGAGAGGUACUCCAUGAAGGUUGUCAAAGCAGCCGCUCAGGUUCUGAACACCCUGUGGCAGUAUAGAGACUUGCGCACCAUCUAUAAAAAGGAGGGGUGGAAUCAGAACCAUUUCAUCACUCCUGUGUCCACGCUGGAGCGGGACCGGUACAAGUCUCAACCCACCCUGCCCAGCAGCACCUUACAGAUGUCACCUGUCAUCCAAUCGGCUGGUAGCGCCACCUCCUCUCCUGCAAUGCUGGGGAUUAAGGAACAUCGCUCAGAUUAUCAGAGAGCAAAAUCGUCUAUGCAAUUUUAUAACUACCAGGGAGACAACAAUAUCCAUAAAGGUCAAUACACAGGGUCUGGAAAGCCAUCACCAUUUUAUAUUGGGUCCUAUUCCUCGCCGACAAGAGAGAGAGACUCCAGAAGAGCACAGCACCAGCAGCUGUACUACGCAGACGAGCCCGGCCGGAGGAACUACGACACCUACAGAAUGUACCUGCAGUCCCCGCAGGGCUACGAGGACCAGUACUACCAGGACACAGGUCACUUCCCUCCCACGGCCGACUAUGUGUCGCAGCCCCUGGGGCUGAAGGCCAACACCAACUACGUGGACUUCUACUCCACCACCCGGAGACCUUCCUACCGGGCCGAGCAGUACCCGGGCUCCCCGGACUCCUGGGUGUGAGGGAGGGGCGACUGACUGUUCCGCGAACUUUCAUUUGUACGUUUCGUUGAAAAGUGAGAAUCUGAAUCUGAACGAUGGUCGGCGAUGUGAGACGGAGGAGAAGUGUACGUGAGCCAAAGAAGGAGAUCAGGGAACGUGUUUUUUUUGCUUGGAAAAGAGAGCAGGCGUGUUUGAUGGGCGACACUGGACAUUAUCGUGAGCGUCUUUUUUGCUCUGUCUAGAUGUUAGUUUUGUUUAUUUUUUUCCCAUUAGCUGUGCUAGCAUGAUGAGGGUCGUAGGUCAUGUGUGGAAGGGUUUGUGGAGGUGAAUCAGAGGGGGAAUGAGUUUGUAGGCCAAAUACUGAUCAAGAUUUCAUAUUUGUUAAAAAAAUAAUAAUAAUGUUAGUUUGUACAGAGGAAUCCUAACAUAUUCCUUUCUUGUUUUAUUGCUGUACUUACUAUUGAGAUUGUAUAUGCCAUGAAGUCUUGUAAAUGUCCUUAAUUUUAUUGUAAAUACAGAAAAUAUGUCACCCGGUCUACACUCAUUGCACUGGUAAAGUCUUGUGCUAUGUUAAAACUAUAUAGAUAUAUAAAUACAUGGAGAAAUUAAGGAGAUAAAUUAUAAAAAGAUGGCAUCCAUACAGAAGCAUUCAAAUGUAAUAAAAUUACAAUUUUGUUUUUUUAAA